AUGUCCAAUGUUCAAGAAGUGUUAAUUAAUGAUGAUAAUCCAAAGACUGGCAACUGGCAUACCAGCAAGACCGAGAAUCUCCAAAAGUUCUACAAGGGUGAGGACGGCAAUACACGUCUACCCUACACACUGACCAUCAACACAAAUGACAUUACUCAUAUUGAUCAUAUCUGA